CUUCCUAGCUACCUUGCAUAAUUAAAUCUCUUCUAUCUUCAUCUUGAUAAAUAAAAGUUAAUAAUAUCAUGAAGGAGAACUCAUCCAAGAAAUUGGAAAAAACCUACUUUGAUGUUUUAGGACUUUGUUGCUCAUCCGAGGUGCCGCUGAUUGACAAAAUCUUACGACCGAUUGAAGGUGUUUACGAUUUUUCUGUCAUCGUUCCAUCGCGGACUGUCAUCGUCAUUCAUGAUCCGCUCCUGGUUUCUUCUCUUCAAAUUGUUAAGGCGCUAAACCAAGCACGAUUAGAAGCAAAUGUGAGAGUAAAAGGAGAUACAAACUACAGAAACAAAUGGCCAAGCCCAUUUGCAGUGGCUUGUGGUGCAUUGCUUUUGUUAUCGUUUUUGAGUUAUGUUUUUCCACCUUUCAAAUGGUUGGCACUCGGAGCUGUUGCCAUUGGCAUUGUUCCCAUCGUUUUGAAAUCUUUUGCGUCAUUACGUAAUUGUAGGCUCGACGUAAACACCCUCAUGCUCAUUGCAGUUGCGGGCUCGAUUUUUCUGAAUGAUUACUGGGAAGCAGGAACGAUCGUGUUCUUAUUCACUACAGCAGAAUGGCUUGAAUCGCGCGCCUCUCACAAGGCCACUGCUGUAAUGUCAUCAUUGAUGAACAUGGCCCCGCAAAAAGCUGUAUUAGCCAGCAACGGUGAAGAAGUCAACGCUAGUGAAGUCAUGGUCAACACAAAGCUUGCGGUUAAGGCAGGCGAUGUCAUCCCGAUUGAUGGAAUCGUUGUGCAAGGGACGUGUGAGGUUGACGAGAAAGCUCUAACUGGAGAGUCGUUUCCUGUAUCAAAACAAGUAGAUUCUACUGUUUGGGCUGGCACAAUAAACUUAAACGGUUACAUUAGCAUUAAUACUACGGUCCUAGCUGAAGACUCUGUAGUCGCAAGAAUGGCAAAGCUCGUCGAACAAGCUCAAAAUAAUAAAUGUAAAACUCAACGAUAUAUAGACGAAUGCGCUAAAUACUACACGCCAGCUGUUGUUGUCGUAGCAGCCUGUUUGGCGGUGAUACCAGCUGCUAUGAAACUUCACAAUCUAGACAACUGGUAUCAUCUCGCUUUGGUAGUUUUGGUAAGUUCAUGCCCAUGCGCGCUCAUUCUGUCGACACCAGUUGCUACAUAUUGUGCACUAUCUAAAGCAGCUACAACCGGGCUUCUGAUCAAAGGCGCAGAAUACCUCGAAACACUUUCGAAAGUUAAAAUAUUUGCUUUUGAUAAAACUGGAACGAUCACUAGAGGAGAGUUUUCGGUUUCAAACUUCCAUUCACUUAGAGAUGAUAUCAGCCUGGAAAAAUUGCUAUACUGGGUUUCGAGUGUAGAGAGUAUGUCUAGUCAUCCCAUGGCUGCAACACUUAUAGAGUAUGCACAGUCGAAUUCUGUCGAAGCACAACCCCACAAUGUUCACGAAUUUGAAAAUUUUCCUGGUGAAGGAAUUUGUGGUAAAAUUGAAGGAAAAAGGAUUUAUGUCGGGAAUCAAAAGAUUGCUAUUAGAGCAGGCUGUAAUUCAACAGUAUUGCAAAGUGCAAGUAAAAACAUGGAAGGAAAGUCAACCGGGUACAUAUUUCUAGAUUCUUCACUAGCCGGAGUCUUUAAUCUCUCGGAUGGAUGUCGAACAGGUGCAAAAGAAGCACUCAAAGAACUCAAAUCAAUGGGUAUCAAAACCGCUAUGCUUACAGGAGACUGUCAAGCUGCAGCCAAUCAUACACAAAAUGAGUUAGAGGGUGCAUUAGAGAUAAUGCAUGCAGAACUUUUACCCCAAGAUAAAGCGAAAAUCAUACAAGAUUUUCAAAAGUUAUCUCCAACAGCAAUGGUUGGAGAUGGUAUUAACGAUGCACCCGCUUUAGCCACUGCGGAUAUCGGGAUUUCGAUGGGGAUAUCGGGAUCUGCACUCGCAACUGAAACUGGGCACGUGAUUUUAAUGUCGAAUGAUGUACGGAAAAUACCGAUAGCAGUGAGACUCGCGCGAAAAACACGAAGAAAAAUAUUUGAGAACAUUUUUCUGGCUAUUAUUACCAAGGCUGCUAUAAUUGCGUUGGCUAUUGCGGGUCAUCCGUUAGUUUGGGCAGCGGUUUUAGCGGAUGUUGGGACGUGUUUGGUAGUGAUUCUUAACAGUAUGCUUUUGUUAAGAGCUACGACUGUUACAAAAACCGCAAACAAACAUUCGGGUUCUUCACAUGAUCAUAAACAUUGCCAUUCAUCUCACAAACACGUCAAAUGUUCGUCUCAUAAGUCUCAUAAGCACGAGUCCGCAAAUUGUGAAACAAAGAAAGGUUGCUGUGGGCAUGAUGAUGAAGGACAUAAGCUUACGCAUUCAGUACCGAAAACGGAAGAUAAAGGUAGUUGUUGUGCGCAUGAUCAUGUACAUGUACAUGAAGUGAAGCACUGUGGACAUGCUGAUGAAGACGUGCAUUCGGUAAAACUUGUGGUACAAGACAUAGGAAACACACAUGGUUGUUGUGCUCAUACUGACGAUGCGGUCCAUGAGGUCAAGCACGAGAUACAAGAACACAAAAACAAUGGCUGCUGCGGUCAUGAUCAUGUACAUGAAGUGAAGCACCGUGGACAUGAUGAUGAACAUGUGCAUGAGGUAAAGAACUCGGUACAAGACAUAGGAAGCAAACAUAGUUGCUGUGCUCAUAAAGACGAUACGGUCCAUGAGGUCAAGCACCGGAUUCAAGAACACAAAAACCAUGGCUGCUUCGGUCACGAUCAUGAUCAUGUACAUGAAGUGAAGCAUUGUGGACAUGAUGAUGAAGACGUGCAUGUGGUAAAUCACUCGGUACAAGACAUAGGAAACAAACAUGGUUGUUGUGCUCAUAACGACGAUGCGGUUCAUGAGGCUAAGCAUGAGGUACUAGAACACAAAAACCACGGCUGCUGUGGUCAUGAUGAUUCCUGUGGUGAUGAAGUACAUGAGGAAAAGCACACUACACACGGCUGUUGUGAUCAUGCUACUAAUGAAUUACACAAAGACUUUGAUAUUGAAUCGCAGACUAGACGGACUCGUAGUUGUGAGAUUGUAGUCAAGAAGAAAACCGACUGCUGCCAUGAUCAAACAACCCACAAAAAAAGCCUAUCGAAUCAUGAAAUACAUAGCGAUUUAAACCAUGAUCAUCAUCAUCAUGUGAAAGAGUACAUAACUGAAGAGGAAUUGGGGAAAAUGGUAAGACAUUGUUGCGAGAAUCAUGGGUUGGAAAAGAGGCAUGUAAGCGAGUGUUGCAAAAGCUUUAGAAAGGAAUGUUGUGGACACCGACGCUUCGGAGUUGGAUUCAAUGGAGAAGGAGGGUUAUCAGAGAUAGUGAUUGAGAAUGUGUAGAUCUUUAUAGUUUCUGGAAAUGCGCUGUUUUAUUGGCGUUAGGUACAUUAUCAACUCCGAAAAGGAUACAGGUUAUUCAUCUUUUUUGCUAGAGACAGAUUUAUGUACCAUGUUAGUUGUGUCUUAUAUUUGUGUAUUUGUCUAUUAAGUUUCCCAGCUUUCGAAGAAAUUCGCAAUGCAAAAUUGUAUCUUAAUUCCUAUGCUAAAUACUAGUGAUCUACUGUCAGCAAAUCGCCUCAGGAGUGUUGUUCCCAGAAUAUUUCAAAUUAUUUUAUUGAAAGCAGUAGUCGAUUCGAUCUUU